AGUCGCUAUGUCGCCCGUAGCCGGGAAACUGCUGAUUCGGAGAUCGGAGCGCAUUAGAAAACGCUUAUCCUCGUCGUCAUGACGCACUAGCGAGCGUCUGCUUGUUUGUUUAUAUAUAGCCGUCGGAGUCCUGAGAGCGAGAAGAUAGUGGUGAGUACGCGAAUCGCGAGGAGAUGGCUACGAUGCUGCUGUGGAGUCUUUUGGCCCUGAUACUGACGGCGGGAGCCGAGGUCGAGGCCAAACCUCCACCGCUACGACCCCCGAGGCUACUGGUCAUAUCCUACGAUGCAUUUCGAUAUGACUACUUUGAAAGGGAUUUUACACCUUUCCUCAAGCAACUGAAACUAAAAGGGACUCAUGCAGAUUACAUGAGAAAUGUUUUUGUAACGAAAACUUUCCCAAAUCACCACACCAUAUCUACUGGAUUAUUUGUGGAGUCACAUGGAGUAGUGGAUAGCGAAUUUUACGAUCCCAAAACAAACAGAACUGUUAAAUACUCUGACGAACUGUUUCAUUAUAAUAAUGAUAUUAAUCCAAUUUGGACGCUUAAUGAAAUUGGAGGGGAGGGUAGAUACAGCGGUGUCAUGAUGUGGCCUGGUAGUAACUUUAAAUAUCAUGGAACUCACAGCACCUUUACAGUUCCAUGGAACAUGUCUGUCCCAUGGACAGAGAGGGUGGACCAACUUCUAUCUUGGUUCAAUCACCCAAAAACUCCAAUCAACUUUGGAAUGAUGUACAUUGAAGAACCAGAUUUCCAUGGUCAUGGAAUCGGUAUUAACCAUCCUCGUUUUAAUGAAGUUUUGAAAAAACUAGACUAUGUUACAAAAUAUCUUCAUGAUAAACUCAAGGAGAAAUGUUUGACUGAUGUAAAUGUUGUACAUUUAAGUGAUCAUGGAAUGGCUACUGUGACAUUAGAUAGGAUAGUUAAUUUAACUAAUUACAUCAACCCAGCAGAUUAUAAAACUGCAGGAUUAUCUCCUGUAAUCAGUAUAUUUCCUAAUCCAGGCAAAGAAAAUGAAAUAUAUAAUAAAUUAAAGAAAGCAUCAGAACAUACAAAAGAAUUUGAUGUUUACCUAAAUAAUGAGAUACCUGCACGGUAUCAUUUUUCUAAAAAUCCAAGAAUAGGACCUAUGGUUGUAAUAGCCAAAGUAGGAUACUCUUUUGAAGGUCUUUAUUACAGUUUUCCUUGGUAUGAAAAAGAGUUUAAUAUUACAAUUAAUGAAAAAUCUGAGUUUGGUUUUCACGGCUAUGAUAAUAAUGCCACCGAAAUGCAUCCAUUUUUCUUUGGUGUUGGACCUGCAUUUUUACCAGAAUGUAAAGUACCUCCUUUUGACAAUGUAGAUUUACUACCUCUCUUCUGUGAAAUACUCGAUAUACAAUGUCCCCAAGUAAAUGGGACAGUUGGUGAAUUGCGUAAUUGCCUAACAAAACAUCAGUAUGAGGCAGUUUUAUAUAAAGGAAUAUACAUUGGUGGUAUUGUCAUAUCGAUUUUAGGAAUCAUAGCUUUAUUUUUGGUCUAUCUGAGAAGAAAACGCAUUGCAAAACACAAUGCUAAGUAUAGGGUGUCCAACAUACAAGCUGCUGAUUGUAAAAAUACUGACUGAAGAAGCUGUUUUGGAAAAUCAGUUAUGGGAUGAAGGAGAUAUAUUUGAGAGUAAUGUAAGAUAAUGGAUACAUUAUUUUAGAAUGUAUGAAUUUGAACUCUGUAAGCCUAAGUCUUAGUAUUUUUUAUAUGUGUAAUGUACAUACAUACAUACAUAAUAAGGGAAAAUGCUAUGAAUUUCUAUUAAAUUUGCUAUUGAUAUAGUUUUUAACUAUGUGAUAAACGUGCAGACGUAAUUUUAAGUCAACGAUUUUAGUAAAGUUAUUUAAAUAAUUUUAUACUAUUGACAAGUAAAAUUAACGUACAAUACAUGUAUGUAUGUAAAUUUGUAUUUCAAUUAUAUAAUACAAAUGUAUUUAAUGCCGUUAUAACCUUUUGCAAAGUGUACUCGUAAUUUUAAACUAUUACAAAUGAAUGCAUAAUUAUAAUGCCUGUUUAUAAUGUCAAACUUUAGCAUUCUGGUGCCAUUGAUAAUAUUUAUAUAAACAUUUUAUUAAAUGCAGUGAAAAACUUAUUAUACGUAAUUGCUAUAUCAAUAAUAUUGCUAAUAAGGAAAAAUACGUACAUACCCGGACAAUCUUGUUCGCGCAUAAAGAUGUGUGAUAUUAAUAUCCAAUUCUUCCUGUAAAUAUUGUAUGAUUUUAGAAUUAUUUUCAAAUUGAAAUAUACUAAGCUACUUGUAAUUUA